CAGACUCAACCAACCAAAACCACAUCCACCACCACCACCAUCGCAUCACAUUCCAACCACCUCCACCACCACGAGUCAAGAGAGAGAGAGAGAGGAUUCCCCAGGAUGGCUUGGAUGAGCACAUUGGCUAGUAUUGGAAUAGCCUUAGGAUCUCCAUUGGUCUAUCUCGAUCAAUACCUGUCGAUCCAAAAGACGCAGAGUUCGCAAGGGUUUUCGCAUCUGAUCUGUGUAGUUCUUCUGAUAGCCAAUAUUACGCGAUUGUUUUACUGGCUUGGGGAGAGAUUUGACACGGCCCUACUAGUGCAAUCGAUUCUAAUGAUCAUAGCUCAACUCGGCCUGCUAAGGAUCUGUCUGAAGUAUACUCCAACCAACACCACCAGUCGACCGCUCGAAGAUCAGGAGAGCUGUAUACCGGACGGGAUCUUACGAUACGAUGACCAUCCCGAGCAGGUCUUCCAGUCCUCCGGAACCGAACCUCUCAGGAGCAGAUCGCCUCCGACUAUCAUCAAUAAUAAUAAUCACAAUCAUCAGACUGUCGAUCUCAGCACUCAACAACCUCCUUUCCCUAUCAAUCGCUCUUCCCCUCACUCCUUCGAUCAUUAUAUCGACUUCUUCGCUCUCUUGUUUGCCGUCGAAGCCGCCCUCUUUAUCCUCUUUCAACGAUAUGACUGGUUUAUUCAAGCCAUCGGUUUCUUCUCUCUGGGGCUCGAAAGCACGUUACCAAUCCCACAAUUAAUCACUAACUUUCGUAGGAAAUCUCUAGCUGGACUGAGUUCGAUGGUCUUGUUUGGCUGGCUAUUCGGAGAUAGUUUUAAAUCGGUCUAUCUAGUCUUCGUUACUCCCGAUUCGAAUUCAAUCCAAUUCAAGAUCUGUGCAUUAUUUCAACUCUCGAUCGAUAUCUUAAUCCUAACCCAAGCGUUGAUCUAUCGACGGCAGACCAAGCUAGAUUCGAUCGAACUCGAAGGCUCUCCUGAUCACCCCGCGCCUUCAUCGAUGGGCAUGCCACCAGAUCUAGUCGACCAUCCGGACCAGUCUGCUCGUGAUCCUCGCUCUCAGUUGAUGAUCGUCGAUGACUCCGCUCAUGUCGUCUGAUCAUCCAUCCCCCCUCUCCGUCGACAUAUCUCUUGUAUUCCUCUCCCUUGCUCUCCUCCUUCAUUCUUCUACCGACCUAUAGAUGACUUGCCUUUAUAUAUAGGCAAGUCAACCAAAAUGAUAAAUUGUAUUAUCUCUCCUAGCAUCUUGUAUUUCUCUGUGGAUUGUCAUUUUUUUGUUUCUAGUUAUCUGUAUUCAUCUAAACUUUUCUCUUUUUUUUUCUCAAAUUCAUCUACAUAAUACAUGCACUCAUUCAUGAGGAUAGAGAAUUGAGAAUUUGA